GCCGAGGUGCCGGUGGGGGCUGGUCGCGUCCCACUCGGGCCCGGGCCGUCAGGCGCUGGGCUGGGCUGGGCGGCCGCUGCCGUGGGUCUGCUCGGUACCUGAGCCGUGUGGCACGCCGUGUGCGGCUCUGCGCCCGCUGGAUUAUUGAGAACGCUUCCUACUCAACCUUAUUCCGAAUAACUCGAAAUGGGAGGAAGAACUUCUGAUCAUGCUGCUGGAAUGGAGGGACUUACUCCUAUGGAGAAGAAGCUGGCUGAGUACAAAUGUAACACAAAUGAAGCAAUUCAGCUAAAACUAGUUCGCUUUCCUGAGGAUUUGGAGGAUGACAACACAACAUUUAAUCCUGAAUAUAGCCAUCAAGUGUUUGGAGAUGAUGAAGUUGCUUUCGGCUACAAGGGGCUGAAGAUUCUCUUAUACUAUAUCGCUGGUAACCUGUCAACUCUCUUCCGCAUUGAAUAUACAUCUAAAGUUAAUGAGAAGUUUGACUGUGUGGAGGCAGAUGAUGUUGAAAGUAAAAUUAGAGAAAUUAUUCCUCCUGGUUUUUGUACAAACACAGAUGACUUUGUCUCUCUGUUGGAAAAGGAGGUCAACUUUAAGCCCUUUGGAAUGCUGCUACACACAUAUUCUGUUCAUAAUGAGGAAGCUGGUGAAGACAUUACAUAUCAGAUAUAUAAGGCUGACAUGACGUGUCCAGGCUUUCGAGAAUAUCAUGAAAGGCUUCAGACAUUCUUGAUGUGGUUUAUUGAAACUGCUAGCUUUAUUGAUGUAGAUGAUGAAAGAUGGAACUACUUUAUAGUAUUUGAGAAGUAUAAUAAGGAUGGAGCUACGCUCUUUGCGACCGUAGGCUACAUGACAGUCUAUAAUUACUAUGUGUACCCAGACAAAACCCGGCCACGUGUAAGCCAGAUGCUGAUCUUGCCACCAUUCCAAGGAGAAGGCCAUGGUGCUCAGCUUCUUGAAACAGUUCAUAGAUACUAUAUGUCUUCUCCUACAGUACUCGAUAUAACAGCUGAAGAUCCAUCUGAAAACUACAUAAAGCUAAGAGACUUCGUUCUUGUAAAGCUCUGUCAAGACUUGCUUUGCUUUUCCCCAGGAAAGUUAAUGCAAGGCUUCAGCCAAGAAAUGGUAACGGAAGCUCAACAGAAGCUGAAAAUAAAUAAGCAACACACAAGACGAGUUUAUGAAAUUCUCCGAUUGCGUGCAACAGAUAUGGGUGAUGCAGAGCAAUCCAGAAGCUAUCGGUUGGAUGUUAAAAGAAGGCUGAUUGGCCCCUAUAAGAAAAAGCAGAGAGAACUUGCCAAGAUGAGAAGGUGCUUAAGACCAGAGGAGCUGACGAAUCAGUUGAACCAAAUAGACCUAAACAUGCAACACGAACAGUUAGAAGAGAGCUUCCAACAACUUGUUUCAGAUUACCGAAGAGUCCUAGAACGACUCGCCCAAGCAUGAGGAUCCCACCUGUACAGGAAACUUGCAGAUUUCUACACAGUGUUAUGAAGCACAUCUUUAAUUGCCACUUAACUGCAAAAAAAAAAACAACCUCGUGACGUUUUAAUCACAUUAAAGGUGAAUUGUGUUUCUGUGCAUUUUGAAUAUUUUCUAUUUUUGUGUUGUAGAUUUAAAAUGUUGUACUUCACGUUUGGGAGCACUUACUGCUGAAAUAAACAGUGUAGAUUCUCAGAUACAAUAACA